AUGGCGACGACCGACGAGAUUGUCAAGCGGCUCCAAGAGUCUCGCCCGCCGGCAACCGACGCCGCCACCUAUCUGACCAUUGUCGAAAAGUCCCUGACCCCAGAGGUCCUGCCAGCGCUGCAGGAGAUACUGGAGGACGUUGCGCUCACCACCGAGAUUGGCUGGGACCUGGUCGACAUGCUGAUUGAUGUCCCGGGCAGCGAGGAAUGCCUCGAGAGCAUUGCACGUCUAGGAAACCCGCGAGAGGUCAUUCUCAAGGUGCUCGAGGUGAUGGAGAAGACGACUGCGGCGGGAGAAGAAGAGGAUGAAGAAGAACAAGCACGAGAGGAGCAAGAAGAGCAAGAUGAGAGUGAAAAGAAGGGAAAAGAAAAGGAGAAGGAAGAAGACGGCAAUUCUGCAGCCAUAACCACCAAGGGCGAGACGAAAGCCACCAGGCACUUCGUCACCCUCUGUGGCAUGCUGGGCAUCCUGCUCAAGCGGCUGCAGGUCAAGGCUCCGUCACGAUUCCUACACACCACGCUCGAGACGGUACAGAGGUGCUACGAAGCCACAAGCGCAGCCUCUACCGCUGCGGUCAUCUCGCUGGUCCAGUCCCUCGCGCGCAAGACGCGGCCCCCGCUGCCCUCCCGAAAGUCGAGCGUCAUGCUGGACACGCCGUUCCAGGACAGCGACCCGGCGAAACAGGCGCCGGACCCCGAGGCGGAGCGCUCAGAUAUUCUCAACGAGGACGAGCCGCAGCUCAUCGCCAACCUGCUUCAAUCUUUCAUCACAUGCAUCAUUGAAGCAUAUGUCAACUCCAACGGCUUGGAAUGGGCUUCACGGAUGCUCGAAUACACGUAUCCGGAGCGCAUAGUGCCUGGGCGGAAGACGAUGAUUCAAACGUUCAAGGAGAGGGUGGAGCUUCAGGCAAGAGACGCCCUUGUAGGGCAGUUGGUGGCUCUUGCCAGUGACCUCGGAUUGUCGAAACUGCCCUCUUUCAAGUUAAAGGAGUACCUUGAAGGCCCCGUUCGGCGACAACCGCUCUCUAUCGAUUUUGACCCCCAGCAGCCAGAACAGCUUUACCUAUCUACAGGCGGCUUGAUAUGCCUGCACGCCUACUGGAUGUUUGCUGCCGACGUCUUCGAUGCGGACCGCGGCUUUCCAGAUGAGCAUCUCAUACCGCAAUACAUGCUCCCAGACCAUCAGACCUUAUUAACAAAUUUCCUCGGCGAUGAACCUCAGGCCCAGAUCGUCGCCAACCCUGGAACGACCGAGGCUCUGAUUGUAAUGGCCAUCUGGCUCGACGGCCGGAAAGCGAUAUCGAACCCGAAAGGCGCUGGUACCACUACCUCAGGCUUCAUGCCCUACCACCAUCUCUUGACCCUGAUUUCGGCCUUUCAUCCCAACCUUCGGGUUCGCAAUGCGGCAACCGUUGUAGCAGGCUACAUUCUACACGCGGAUCCCGAAGAAGAGGACCGACUGGCUAUUCUGGAAGACAUGCUGGAAAGCUGCAUCUUCCCAACUCUGCAAGCAUGUGCGGUCACUUGGCUCCGGGAAGAGCUCAUCGCCGCGAAGAGGUCCGGCUCCAAAGGUCGCUUUUCCAGCCCGGAAUGCCUCGAGGCAGUCCAGUAUACCUUGUUCCCGGAUCUGUCACACCUCAAGCAAGCCGAUGCCUCUACAUUGCUCCAGUUCUGGGCGCAGAGCGCGCCGCUGCAUCUGCAAGUUGCCAACUUCGCACUGUUUCUGUUCGGCGAAGACUACAAGGCUCUGGCACCCGUCGGUAUGGCCGCGGCUAUUGAGCAUCGCUACGUUGAGCCGCUCCUGCACGCUGCGAGGACGUUGGAGAAGGCGGCUGCGCAGAAGGAGAUCGAGGCUGAUGAGGAGAUUCUGAUGCAGCUUAGUAUUCUGGAGGACACGCUGAGUCGGAUAUCGCUGCAGUAG